GGAGCCGCCGAAAGGGAGGGAGAGAGAGGAAGGGAGGGAGGUGGAAUUUCAUUUCUUCCACUAAAGCGUUUGCGGAGACUUCAAGGUAUAAUCUAUCCCAGAUCCUUUCCCAGAGAGAAACUUGGCGAUCACGUUUUCACAUGAUGCUCACGCUCAGGGCGCUUCAAUUAUCCCUCCCCACAAAGAUAGGUGGCGCGUGUUUCAGGGUCUCUCCUCUCUCUCCUACAGAAAAGAAAAAGAAAAAAAUGUCAUUAGAAGAGGCGUAACACGUCAGUCCGUCCCCAGGUUUGUGUUUCCUGGAGUGGCCGAAAGAGAUCAGUUCUAACCUGCUCCGCAGGAAUAACGGUCCUGCCUCCCGACACUCUUGGCGAGGUUUUUGUACAGUUUGCUCCGGGAGCUGUUUCUUCGCUUCCACCUUUUUCUCCCCCACACUUCGCGGCUUCUUCAUGCUUUUUCUUCUCACCAUUUCUGGCCAAAACUACAAACAAGACUUCGCAGAUCGAGCCUGCGUGCUGCCGAAGCAGGGCGCCGAGUCCAUGCGAACUGCCAUCUGAUCCGCUCUUAUCAAUGAAGCAGCCGAUCAUGGCGGAUGGCCCCCGGUGCAAGAGGCGCAAACAAGCCAAUCCCAGGAGGAAAAACGUGGUGAACUAUGACAAUGUAGUGGACACAGGUUCUGAAACAGACGAAGAGGACAAGCUUCAUAUUGCUGAGGAUGACGGUAUUGCUAACCCUCUGGACCAGGAGACAAGUCCAGCUAGCGUGCCCAACCAUGAGUCCUCCCCACACGUCAGCCAAGCUCUGCUGCCAAGAGAGGAAGAGGAAGAUGAGAUAAGGGAGGGUGGAGUGGAACACCCCUGGCACAACAGCGAGAUUCUACAAGCCUCUGUAGAUGGUCCAGAAGAAAUGAAGGAAGACUAUGACACUAUGGGGCCAGAAGCCAGGAUCCAGACUACAGUUAACAAUGGUACAGUGAAGAAUGCAAAUUGCACAUCAGACUUUGAGGAAUACUUUGCCAAAAGAAAACUGGAGGAACGCGAUGGCCAUGCAGUCAGCAUCGAGGAGUACCUUCAGCGCAGUGACACAGCCAUUAUUUACCCAGAAGCCCCUGAAGAGCUGUCUCGCCUUGGCACGCCAGAGGCCAAUGGGCAAGAAGAAAAUGACCUGCCACCUGGAACUCCAGAUGCUUUUGCCCAACUGCUGACCUGCCCCUACUGCGACCGGGGCUACAAGCGCUUGACAUCACUGAAGGAGCACAUCAAGUACCGCCACGAGAAGAAUGAAGAGAACUUUUCCUGCCCUCUCUGUAGCUACACGUUUGCCUACCGCACCCAGCUCGAGCGGCAUAUGGUGACGCACAAGCCAGGGACAGAUCAGCACCAAAUGCUAACCCAAGGAGCAGGUAAUCGCAAGUUCAAAUGCACAGAGUGUGGCAAGGCCUUCAAAUAUAAACACCAUCUGAAAGAACACCUGCGAAUUCACAGUGGUGAAAAACCUUACGAGUGCCCAAACUGCAAGAAACGUUUCUCCCAUUCUGGUUCCUACAGUUCGCACAUCAGCAGCAAGAAAUGUAUUGGUUUAAUCUCAGUAAAUGGCCGAAUGAGAAACAAUAUGAAGACGGGUUCUUCCCCUAAUUCUGUUUCUUCUUCUCCUACUAAUUCAGCCAUUACCCAGUUAAGAAACAAGUUGGAGAAUGGAAAACCACUGAGUAUGUCUGAACAAACAGGCUUACUUAAAAUUAAAACAGAACCACUAGACUUCAAUGACUAUAAAGUUCUUAUGGCCACACACGGGUUUAGUGGCACUAGUCCCUUUAUGAAUGGUGGGCUUGGAGCCACCAGCCCUUUAGGAGUUCAUCCAUCUGCUCAGAGUCCAAUGCAGCACUUAGGUGUAGGGAUGGAAGCCCCUUUACUUGGAUUUCCCACCAUGAAUAGUAAUUUAAGUGAGGUGCAAAAGGUUCUACAGAUUGUGGACAAUACGGUUUCCAGGCAAAAAAUGGACUGCAAGGCUGAAGAAAUUUCCAAGUUGAAAGGUUAUCACAUGAAGGAUCCAUGUUCUCAACCCGAGGAACAAGGAGUUACUUCUCCUAAUAUUCCACCUGUCGGUCUUCCAGUAGUGAGUCAUAAUGGUGCCACUAAAAGUAUUAUUGACUAUACGUUAGAAAAAGUCAAUGAAGCCAAAGCUUGCCUCCAGAGCUUGACUACUGACUCAAGGAGACAGAUCAGUAAUAUAAAGAAAGAGAAGCUGCGUACUUUAAUAGAUUUGGUCACCGAUGAUAAAAUGAUUGAGAACCACAACAUAUCCACGCCAUUUUCAUGCCAGUUCUGUAAAGAAAGUUUUCCUGGCCCCAUCCCCUUGCAUCAGCAUGAACGUUACCUUUGUAAGAUGAAUGAAGAGAUCAAGGCAGUCCUGCAACCUCAUGAAAACAUAGUCCCCAACAAAGCCGGAGUUUUUGUUGAUAAUAAAGCCCUCCUCUUGUCAUCUGUACUUUCUGAGAAAGGAA